AUGGAAAGUGACCAUAUAAAUAAACGGCCUAGACAAGAAGAGAGCACCAAUAAUGACUUUAAUUUUCUAAGUCUUGAUUUUAAUAUACCACCUGUACAAGACUUUGAUUUUCCUAUCCACACUGUAUUCACUUUGAUUGUUGGAGGUAAAGAGUACAAGCUUAGUUGGAAGACAUUAAAGAACGAUGGACCAACCAAUUUUUUUGUUGAUUAUUUUAAUAAAAAGAAAAGUACAAGAGUGAUUCAUUUGGACAGAGAUUCAAGUACGUUUGACUUGAUUGUAAAGCAUCUAAGAGGAUAUUAUGUUCGACCGGCAAAUGAUAUUGAACAUCAAAGCCUAUUGACGGACGCAUACUUUUAUGGACUAGAGAGAUUAAAAAAGAUGUUGGAAGAGUAUGUAUAUGUGAAUGUUGGAGGUAGAAUAUUCAAAUUACCAUGGAGUUUGUUUCAAAAGACGCCGUCAUCCAACCUGUUUAAUGGACCGUUGAUGUAUUCGAUGAAGGGGCAUGUAAGCACGAUUUAUAUUGAUAAAAACCCGGAUCUCUUUCAAGAUUUGAUACAAAUGCUACGUGGAUAUCAAGUUGAAAUUAAAAAUGACGUACAUCGAGAGAAUCUCAUCAGGGACUCACAGUACUACGCGUUUAAACAUAUUACAGAGAGACUACAGAUAAAAAAGCUGAAUGAGCAAGAAGUCUUGAUUUUAUUAAAAGAUUUAAAGAUAAAAGAGUUGACAACAAUGGGAAACGAGAUAAGAUACAAAGAGCAUAAACUGUUUAUUCAAAUCAAUGAAGCACAAGUGAAUGAAUACAAGCUGAAUGAACAUUCAAGACUAGACGAGAUUGGAAGCUUAUUUAAUGCCAGCAUAGAUUAUCAAAUCAGCAUUAACACAGAUACAGUCAUGAUCAUGAAUGACAGUAUUUUUCAAGAUGUACUCUGUCCUAACUUUGUUAUUCAAAAAGGCAUCUUUUAUCUUCUACUUGACAACCAAAUGAUUCAUUUGAUUCCAGUCAAGUUACAGCUGACGUCUUCUAUCCAUGCAGCAAAGCAGUUCUUAUAGUUGUACAAUCAUUUGAUUGGAUCAUGCAUUCUUUUAUAGUAAUUUUAUAAAGAAUUAAGCUCUGUCU